UAUGCUGAUUCUACAUCGACGUACAUGGGCACAGAAUUAAGGCAAAAUAACUAAACGCAUUCAAGGCUUCAAGGGAUUGAACUGUGGUCUUUCUUUCGUCUGCGGAUUUUUGAUUCCGUGCAUUUCUUGAAAUGGGUUUUCAAAGUAUUUCCAGAGUUAAUAGAGGGGAACUCUGGUCUUACGGAUAAAAUACCGGACUAAAGCAAGCAACGAUGGUGUAUCGUUUUACUUUGAUUGGGUUUAUUCUAGUCUUCAUUGUGCCGUUGGCACUGCUUCAACAGAUACAGGACAAUGAUGUCCGGAGGCUUAAAUCCAACGCUAACUUCCAAAGUGAAGGAAAUAAUCAAAAUUCUACAGACGAUGUUUAUGGAUUUAUUAAUGAUUUGGUCAAAAGAUCAACGACAGAUAAGCGAAAGAAGAUUUUUCCAAUUAGACAAAUGAUUAAGAAUUCGACAGUCUUAUUUCAGGAGUCGACUCAAAGUUUGCAUGAAUUUUUCAGUCAAAAUCAUGCCGCUCAAAGAUCUGUUGCCAAUAAAAAUGAAGCUACAAGAAAAUCAAGUAGAACGGUGAAGGAAAAGCUAACUAAUUACUCUUCUACAAAGACCUCACAAGGAUUAGAYGCCAUAACUAUAGGAGCUGUUUUGCAGGCGCUGAUAACGGGGCUAAGAGAUAAGAGAAAGAAAUCUAGUCUAGAGAAAUUGUUUGCGCAUAACAGCCACUCAGAACUAUUACCAGGCGGAUCUUCAUCUGUCUUUAUUUCAAGUAUCGUUUUACCAACAAGAACGAUUGCAAAUCCUAUUCARGUCACAACAGCUGUACAUGCAGAACAAACGCACGACCUGGAAGAGCAGUUAAAUCAAGGCUCGCCUUUUGUUGGAAUUACAAGAGCGAUCAGUUCAAAUGGGCACGUUACUGGAAUCGAUGAAAGAACACUGUCGUAUUCACAGUCUUUAUCGCCGUUUUCAUAUACUUUGGAAUCUGAAGAACUGCCACUAUCAUCACCAUCUAUCAAUUCGAUAUCAUCAUCUGUACCCCAAUCUUCAUUAAAUAAUGUGGAAUUUCAAGUCUUGCCAUCUUCGUCGUCAUCAGCAGUAGCAAUAGUAUCAAAGACAGCAACAAGAUCAACAUCACAAUCAUCAUCAUCUGUCAAAUCACUAUCAUCUGUGUCAUCGUUUUCAUUUUCAACUGUCCAAUCCAAAGGGUUGUCAUCAUCAUUAUCAGCAGCAAUAAUAUCUUCAACUUCUACAUCCUCGACAACAGGAACUGCAACUCCAUUAUCAUCUUCGCCUGUCAAAUCAUUAACAAUACCAUCAUCCUCAUUAACUGUUGAACUCAAAGGGGUGUCAUUGUCAUCAUCAGCAAAAAUAGCAUCAACAGCAGCAACAACAUCGUCAUCACGUAGUAUGUCAACAUCAUCAGUGACGCCAGGAUCUUCACGGAACAGUCAAUCGACAAAUAAAACAACUACGACAGACGUCACCAUAUUAACUACACAUUCUGGAACAAGUUAUCAUGUAACAUCAUUGCCUUUGGAAAGAACGUUAGAUGUUCAUCCCACCUCGGUAACAAUACCAGUAUUGCAGUCAUCAUCCGUGCAAACACCAUCUUCACUGUCAUCGCAAAUAAUACAUACGUUUUCAUCAGCAGCAACAGUAACUUCAUCAGCAACAGCAGUGGAAGCGUCUCUUUUGCGGUCCUCAAGAAUGACUGGAGCAUUUCCAUCAUCAUCAUCAUCAGUGUUAUCAUCAUCAUCAAAAACAACAGAAACUGAAUACCCUAUGUUACAACCACAACUACGUCAAGGAUUUUCAUCAUCAUUAUCACCAUCACCAUCAUCAUCACUGUCAUCGUCAUCAUCAUUAUUAUCAUCAUCAUUAUCGAAAGCAACAGCAAGGACAACGCCACUGAUACAGCCAUCAAAGCCUCAUCAAGGACUUUCAUCAUCAUCAACAUCAACAACAACAACAUCAUUAUCAUUAUCAACGACCCAAAAGUUUUCACCGUCAUCUUUCCCUUCAUCACUAGAGAGUCAAGAUAUUUUAUUCUCAUCUUCAUCAUUUGAUACGYCAUCUCUAACAUUUGUACAACCAACAACACGAGUAGAAAUAUCAAAGUCAUUUUCUGGGCAUGGUAAAGUUAUAUCACCUUUUCCAUCAACAACUACAAUGCUUUGGCCAUCUUCUUUUCCAUUAUCUCCACAGCACUUUGUUUAUUUACCUUCUUUGUCAAAACAGGAUGUAAUGUCGACUGGAACAUUCGUCUCACAGAAUGAAAAAUCAACAAUCAAUUUGUUUUCGUCGAAGACGUUAUCUGUCCCAACACACUCCAAUUCUUCACGAACAAAUAUGUCAGCUAUGAAUAACACAUUGCGUUCAUCGGUAAUAUUGACAUUACCAUUAGGAGGGGUAAUAGUAUCUCCUGCGCUGUCUCCGAUAAUAUUCUCAGAACCUUCAACUUCAGUGCACCUAAAGUUGGCACCAUUAGAAUCGCAAUUACUAUCAUCAUUAUCGUCUUCAACAUCCUCUUCGAAACCUGAUCGAGUUUCUACAGUAUCAACUACAUCAACCACAUCAUUGGAAAGUAUUGGAGGUAGCAUUAAACCUACCAAGUCUUUGUUGCUAUUAACGUUAUCGACAGACGCUGUUAAAUCUGGUUCCUCAAAAUAUUUGUGUACAGAGAUGGAUUUAUCAUCAUCAACACUAUCAUCUUCGUCGAUUUUGUCAUCUUUAUCAUCUGUUAGGUCAACAAUUCCAUUGCAUUAUCCAGAGAUGAUAUCAUCAUCAUCAACAACAUUAAAAUCAUCAUUAUCAUCUACAUUAUCCGCAACAUUUACAUCAUCUGCAUCAUCAUUGUCAACACCACCACUAUCAUCAUCAUCAACAACAAUAAAAACAGCAUCAUCUUUCACACCAUUACCAACUACAUCUACAGCAAUACUCACAUUAUCAUUAUCAACAACACCAUCAUUUUCAACAACAUCGUCAUCAACACCAGCAUCAUCAUCAUCACAAUCCACACCAAUACCAUCAUCACUAUCAAGAACAUCGUCGGCACCACCACAACCACCAUCGCUAUCAUUGUCAAAAAUAACACCAAUAUCAAUAUCAUCAACAACAUCUUCACAAUCACCAUCAUUAUCAUCAGCAACAUCAUCAUUAUCAACAGCAUUGUCAUCACCACCACCAUCAACGUCACUCUCAACAACACCACGAUCAUCUUCAUCUCAGUUGGUCACGACACUGUCAUCAGCUUCAUCUCAGUUGGUCACGACGUUGUCAUCACCACCACCAUCAACGUCACUUUCAACAACAACACCAUCAUCUUCAUUUGAGUUAGUCCCGACUACAACCCGGUCAUAUUUGUUAAUGCCAGCCAUACCUAGUGUGUCACCAACACCUUUGCUCAACUCGCCCUCACCCAUACAGUCGUCUUCAGGGAGUGCAUUACCGAGCACGUAUAUUCCUAAUGCGGCCUCUUCUUAUAACGCCGAGACCCCCACAUCCCAAGGGAACAUAAUUGACAAUAAAACAGGACAGAGUUCUAGGAAAUUGCGGUUUCUCUUUACCUCUGUUUUGUCUGGGAAACAAAAGACACCUGAUCUCUUUUCAAACAACCAGCUCAACUCAAUGCUCCUGUCAACAAGUAUUAAUGGACCGACUAUAAGUUCUGGUUCCGUUGUUAGAGGAACAGUAUGGACAUUAAUGAAACCUCUGAGUUCUCAAACGGAAACCUCAACUGCUAUGUCAACAGAUACACCCUUUCAUAAUAAUAAACUACAUCAAACAUCUAUUGUCUCAAGUAUUGAUGGUGUUUCUUACCAGUACCAUGCCAAAAGUCACGAAGAAAUGUCAAGCAUCUCAACGUCUGCAGAAAGUCAAUUGGUUAAAUUCACCGUGGAUUAUUCUAGAAAAUUGAACUUUACAAAAUCAGCUGAGAUUCGUCCAACAUUGAUCAAGGCCUUGCCGACCGCAGUAUUUACAUCAAAGGGGAUUAAUACUAAGUUUAGAGUUAAUCCUUCCUUGGUGAUAGAAGGCUCUAGAACAUCCGAGACAGGAACACAUGGUUUAAACACGAAGGAAGUUUCGUCAUCUGAGGAAGCAACGAGCAUGCGCGUAACUUCAUCCGCAAGGGAAACUGGAGUGACCGAGAAUAGCAGGAUUUUAUCAUCAUAUUCAUCACGCGAUUUACUGAGUUCAAUAAAAACAGAAACGUUACUGCACUUGCGAACGAAAGGAACUAUCGAAUCGACCCCCAUUUCUGAUUUUUCUCCGUACUCUGUUUCAAGGCCAAAAUCUAGUUCUCUUGACUUUCAUAAGCGCUCAUCAACUCAAAAAGAAGUGCAAAUUCUUUCUACAAAGGAAACACUUUCAUUGACACGAACACCAGCAGCACUUAAGCUUUCGACGUCUACUUCUGAUGAAUUCCCGGAUGUUACCAAAUCGGUGUCAAAGGAAAUGAGAAGUGAACCACCUGUCUACCCACAAGACAGCAUGACGACGACAGAUGUAGAGGUAUCCAAAACUCUUUCCCCACGAGACCCAAACAAGCUAAACCCCUCGAUGGCAUUCUACUCCAUCUCCCCUACCCCAACAAUCUACACCUUCCCAUCUUCAUCCUCCAUCACUGAUGGCAAUAUCUCCACGGCAACCACGUCAGACGACUCAAACACUGGCAUGAAGAACGAUGAUUCCCCAAACAACAAGAUCCUUCUCUUUGUCAUAGUCGCCACAAUCCCUACGCUUUUGCUCUUGAUAUUGAUAGCGAUUGUCUUAUUUCGACGAGUCAAAGAACGUGAAGCCGAGCCAUUUUAUAAGAUACAAGUUGAAUACACAGACAAACAGCGACGACCACGGAGUGCAAACAGUAGACUCGACCUGACCAUCAAAGGUAUGCAUAUCGAUCUGGAGUUCCCGAGUCCAGGCGAGAAACGUAAAAGCGCAAGAUUAUCAGCACCUCCAAAUGUGUCGGACGCCCAAAUGCGCGAGCUUCAAAAAUUAUCCCAAGAAUGUAAGGACAAUUUAGAAUGGAUAAAUGAGGUACUGGAGCGUGAACUUGAAUCACCUGAGUUUUUUGGUGGUUCUAGUUCGUCUGAGAAUGAUGAUUCUAUGGAUGCUGCGUGUACUAAUCAACGAUAUAGUGUUUAUUCGGCUUGCUCCGAAAAGGAGAAGGAAAAUUAUGAAGUGAGUGAAAAAAUAAUCAAGCGUGAUUCUCCUAAGCACACGAAGUACGACGAGAAAGAGGAAAAGGAAUUGAAAUCGGAUCCAGAAAAUGAUGCUGAUAAUAACAGUGAUUCAGUGAAUUUGAAAGAUGAUUCUGAUGAAUUUAAGAUCAAAUUAGACCAAAGGACUUCUCCAAAAGUUCCAUCGAAGCCACAGAAACCAGAAAUCCCGCCUAAACCUAAAAUUAAGUUGACCGCGACGGAUCGAAUUGGAACGUUAGUGAAUCCGUUAUCUUCGACUAUCUUUAUAGAAUGUACAGCACGUGAGGAUGAAAGCAAAAAUAAAAUAGAUUCAGUGCUAUCGAAAAAGAACGCACCAAAGGAGAGAACGUUGUUGAAGAAGCCUCCUAUUCCCGAGAGAAAAGGAAAAGUGGCGCGCAAACCAGAGAAGAAUACAGUCACUAAGCAAGAAGUUUGUUUAACUGUUGAGAAUGAAGCCAAGAAGGAAUCACCCUGUUCAUGUAACAGAAUGAGUAAGCCACCAAUCCCAAGAAAACCUGAAGGGUUGGUUAUAAACAGCUUUAGAACAAAACCGAGGGAUAACGCAAAUGUUAAAGCGACUUCUACACUUUAUCGAAGCGGUAGAAAAAUUGAAGUCUGUUGCACACCGCGUAAAGCUUGUGAAGCUGUGUAAAGCCCAUACGCAGAAGAUGUUACCCAAAGUCGCGCGUCGAUGCAAGCGCAUUCUUCCAUGCGCGCGUGCCGUCCUCUUCAAGACUAGCGGUUCUUAGAGCGUGUUUCAUAUGAGUAGGAAAUGAUACGGCAAACUAGUAGUCGACCUGUAGCCGUACGGUAUUAUGACGUAGCCGUAAUAAACUCAGUACGCGUUGUGAUUGGAAAAUUUACAUGGACAACCAUUUCAAAUAAUGUUAUGGUAUGUCGUACCGCGUAUCCAAUUUAGGUCCAUACUGUACGUUUCCUACUCAUAUAAUGGAUCAAUCAUCUUUUGUAACUCUUCCAAUUCCUAUAUCUAAGACCAGAUGUCAGACAGUGCGCACAAUAUACCUUCGCCGUUCUCUUGAGACUGCUCCAUCUGCCGGUCUGUCUAAUGCUAAACGGGAAAGGGACCUUUGACUCUACAUCUAUUAUCUGAUUACAGCUGUUAUUAGUCAAUGCAAGUUUAAGCUAGACGGUUAAUUUCCUUGAAUUCUAUAGCCUUAUGGAAUCAGGGCGACCGGCCAAGUACUCCUGUCUCAAUAGAAAUGGUUGCUUUUAGAUUACCAGCAUUAAUUAUUCUUUCCAAUGUAUUUUUAUUGGCUGCCGUCUGCACUGAUAGAUUCGCUCUGAAAAACUAAUUUUUUAGCCAUAGGAGAUUUACAACACUGCUUGCAUUAAUGGCUAGCAAAUAUUCGUAUCGGAGAACGGGCCCUUGAAUAAUGUUAUCCGUUGCGUGCGGAUCCCAAUUGUUCUGAUUGGAUUACCAGUAUUUUUGCACAACAAAUGCUAUGUCGAUUUAAUCAAACGGUAUUCUCAAAGCAGCUAUAAGAAAAAUUGUUAUCCGCUGA